GUUCUGGCCAUCCAUGAGGCUGCUGUGGCUCCACCAAGGCAUUUCAGCUUUUCCAGAGGAAGAACCCACACACCCCGGCCCAGAAGGACCGGGACAAGAACUAUGCACGUGUGGAGUGAGAGCGAAGACUGCCUGCCCUUCUUGCAGCUAGCACAGGAUUACAUCUCUUCCUGCGGCAAGAAGACACUCCAUGAAGUCUUGGAAAAAGUCUUCAAGUCCUUCAGAUCUCUGCUGGGGCUCCCAGAUGCAGAUGACGACGCAUUUGAAGAGUACAGUGCAGAUGUGGAGGAGGAGCCAGAGGCGGACCACCCCCAAAUGGGGGUCAGUCAGCAAUAAACUCCUAGGUCACCUCCCAGAAGGGGAUGAAGCCCUAUGCUGCCCAUGGGGUCCUGUGCUCCUGAGGUAGCCUUUUGUAUUAGCUCUUCAAAACAGGACACCGGGCUCCUGACAUCCAACUGAAAAUGAAAUACCUUUUAAAUGACCACACAAUGUCUGUGAUGAGCUUUGCUCAGAAGUGAUCACAAUUUCUGCCCCACUUUGGCGGGGUUUCUAUGGCGAUGUCUUGGUAGCCUUUGCCACUUUGAAGUUAGAGUCCAUGUUGUGGCUGCCUCUUCCCUCUUGAGUUUAUGUUGGAGAAUUAAUGUUUGCUGAUUGGAAUGUAGAGAACGCUGAAUGUAUUAGGGAUGUGUUUUGAGUCCUCCCAGGUGACCUUGCUGAGGAAAAGCAUGACCAAGGAGAAAUGCAGCCUGCACUUUUCAUGUACCUUUUAAGUGUCCAUAAGUGAAAGGUUUUGCUUAGAAGGCAUGAGUUUUAAUAUCUAGUCGUGAAAUGCAUGUGUGCAAAUGCAGAGGGUGAGGGUGGCUGAGGCUCCUUGGAGACUUGCUGCUGCUGAAUUGGUUCCCUGGGCAUGUGGCAGCCAGCUGCUGGUUAGUGUAAAUGUUUCGUGGUUGUUCGAUCAUUUUAAAACAUGCUGAUUCCAAAGCCACUUUUAAAUUCUAAUAGUGGAAAGUAUAGAUGGGGUGAAAGAUAUAAAUUAUUGAUUCCUUUGAGCUGUUUCUAAACCUGCAUAUGAAGUGAAGCCUUUGCCCUCUUUCUUUAGGAGGAGACGGUAACUCGUUAAAUCAUGAAAACAACUAGAAUCCAAGCAAGUGUCCCUUAGUUAGGCUUUGAAGCCACUGAUGAAAUCUAAUAGGAAAAUAACCCAGGAUAAAAAAAAUAAUAUAAUGAAAUCCUGUACUUUUCUAAUCUUUUAUUCUGUAGAGAAUGCCAAGAAAAGUCUCCCGCUGAGUUAAUUUAUUAAAAAUUAUAAUUAAAUACUCCAGGGAACCUACUUGCAGUGAAAUUUUAAAGUGACAUGGAAGUGGGAAUCUUAGAGGAUUGCUUGGUUAAAAAGAGGACGUUUUUAAUGAUCAGGACACACAGACAACUCCCAGAAGUAACUGCUGUCAUUAUUUAGCCAAUAAAUACCAGGACAUUCUCUAAUGCCACUGUAAGACCCUUGUGUGUCUCGGGUUCUCAUAACUUAGGAUACAAGAGCUCCCUUACAGCACUUGAUUCUUCCAAUCAUCCCGUUUGGGAAUGUUUUACACACACACACACACACACACACACACACACGGUGCCAUCGGUAUUUUAAGUUAAAAACAAACCAAACCCACAGUAGCAGAAGCUUGUGUUUGUGGCAGCCGUCUGGGCAUUUUCUGUUGAAUGCAGUGGUACUGUGAAGAGUCCCACUGCUCUUGGUGCACAGCAGAGUUCAGUUCCUGGGUGAUGUCGCAUCGUGGUUUUGUAUCUGUGUUUUUAUUUUCUGGAAACUUAAUGGUUAAUCUCAAGCCGAGUUACUUCCCUUGAAGUUGCCCAUUAGCUAAGUCAGACUUAGUGCUCCUUCUAGGGUAUGAGGUCCAGUCCUGCCUGUGCUUCCCAGGCCCUGUCUGCUCACAACCUGGAGACUGAGCUCUCUGUCUUGUAGAUAUGGUCCAGAGCAGGUAACUUCCUUUUAAACAUGAUAGGCCACACAAAUAAAUGGCUUUUGUAGGUUACAAAGUUUGCUCAAUUAUGAGGUAACCAGGAAUUUUAUACAGAGGCUUCAAAUCUAAAUUUACAUGUGUUUGAACAUUAAUAUAAGAUGGAUUUUUAUCAAAACAUUUAAACUUUGACCAAAUAUACUUGGUAUUCUCA